AAGCCGCGGAAUUAUUUUUCAUUACUGUCCCCUUCGUGGUCGCGCCUUCACCACUAAAAUCUAGGGGUGUCAAUCGGUCGGUUUCGAUUUGACCGAAAACCGAAUUCUCGGUUAUCGAUUAAACCGAGCCACCCUCAAGGGCUUCCGACAACCGACCGUGAGAGAGCUGCGAUUAACCGGCCAAUCGACCGCCCAGUUUUGGUUUUAGGCUUGGUUAGCCGCAUACCAAAAAACUUAGCCAAAACGUUGGCGUUUAGUUCAACCAAAAAAAAAAGUCAUUGGCAUCAACUUCAGAGGCCACACCAACUCAUAUUUCUCUCUCCUUCCUCCAUUUUAGAUCUAUUCCUUCUCUCCUUCCUCAGAGGCCACAUACAUAAUUGUGGUUAGCGGCUUGGGGGAAUUUUCUUGGCGGCAUUGGGAGGGCGACGAGCUGCUGUUGGUGGAGGCGGCAGGGCGACGAGGGUGGAGGCGACGAGGGUCAACGUCGACGAUGGUGGAGACGGCGGGGCGACGAGGGUGGAGGCGGCGCGUUGUUGCCUGGCUGCUACUGGCGGCGGGGCGACGAGGUGGAGGCGGCGGGGCGCUGAGGUGGAGAUUUUUUGCGCUGCUGCGCGAGAAGGGGGAUGUGGUGAGCGGCGAAGGAUUUGGGAGGAGGAAGGAGUCGACAGUGUCAGUCGACACUUAGGGUUAGGGAGGAGGUAUUUUGAAGCGGGGUUGUUUUGGAGAAAGGGAAGGGGUCGGUUAGCCGGUUAACCACCGGUUUCUGACCCCGAUUAGUCGGCUAGCCAAACACCUUUCCAUAUCACCGCCAACCGACCGAUUCAAUCAUAAAUAAUUUUUCGGUUAGCCAAAAGUCGAUCGGUUCAGUUAAAACCGUCCGAUUAACUGCUAACCGAAAACCGUUCUGCCACCCCUACUAAAAUCGGUCGGUCGGUUGACGAACUGAAAAGAAACUACUGAUCCAGCUCUGUGAGAAGAAGAAAAAAAAAAGCCACGAGCUACAGAUCACUAAGAACGAGAAGGAAGAAAUCGGCAAAGCUCUCCGGCUGCCGAAAAUGUACGGCAAAUUGAUUCUCUCCGUUGUCUUCUUCCUCCUCCUCGCGUUCUCCUACUCUAUAUACAUCGGAUCUCUCGACUUCCGCCCUUACUUCUUCACUCUCCUCCCGCAGCAACAAUGAUCCCAGUGGUCAGAAUCGCCGGAUGCUUCUUGCGAUUACGAGCCGCUGAAGGUGUACAUGUAUGAUCUCCCGCGGAGGUUCCACGUAGGGAUGAUGGAUACGGAGGGACCGCAGAACGAGGAGCCCGUGACGGCGGAGAACAUCCCGCGGUGGCCGGCGAACGCCGGGAGGGAGGAGGCGGUGAGGGUUUUGGAUCCGGAGGCGGCGGAUGCUUUCUACGUCCCGUUCUUCUCGUCGUUGAGCUUCAACACGCACGGGCAUAACAUGACGGACCCGGCGACGGAAGGUGAUCGGAAACUGCAGGUUGAAAUAAUGGACAUGCUGCACCACUCUAAGUAUUGGCAGAGAUCUGGAGGCAGAGACCAUGUUAUUCCCAUGACGCAUCCAAACGCCUUCAGGUUUCUCCGGCAAGAGUUGAAUGCAUCGAUUCUGAUCGUUGCAGAUUUCGGGCGCUACCCGAGAUCUCUGUCGACUCUGAGUAAAGACAUCGUAGCUCCUUAUGUCCAUGUUGUUGAUACUUACACAAAUGACACUGCUGAAGAUCCUUACGAGUCUCGCAAAACCCUUCUUUUCUUCCGCGGGAGCACAGUCAGAAAGGAUGAAGGCAAAGUGCGUGCUAACUUGGAGAAGAUAUUACUUGGUCAGGAGCACGUUAGAUAUGAGCGGGGUAGACCUACUACUCAUGCAAUACAAGCAUCGACAGAAGGGAUGCGAUCAUCAAAGUUCUGCUUGCAUCCAGCAGGCGACACUCCUUCAUCUUGCCGGCUAUUUGAUGCCAUCGUCAGCCACUGUGUACCCGUGGUUGUCAGCGACAAAAUCGAGCUUCCCUUCGAGGAUGAAAUCGACUACACCCAAUGCUCGCUCUUCUUCUCCGACUCAGAGGCUCUACAGCCAGGUUUCUUGAUCGAAAAGCUUAGUCAAUUCCCCAAGGAGAAGUGGUUAGAAAUGUGGAGGAACCUCAAGAACAUCUCCCAUCACUUCGAGUUCCAGUUCCCUCCGGCAAAGGGAGACGCGGUGGACAUGCUCUGGAGACAGUUGAGGCGGAAGCUUCCAGGUGUCCAGCUGGCUUUACAUAGAAGUCAUCGAUUGAGAGUUCCUGAUUGGUGGCGGCGAAGAUGACGAUGAUGCAGAACACUGUACUGUACAUUCCUGUUCAUUAGCCAAACUCGUCACACAUUGAUUGUUCGACAAAGGUCUUGAGCUCCCUCAGCAUUAUCACGAUUGGGAAAGAGGAUGCUGCUUUGAAGUGACUUGGGGACAAUCUGGUGAAAGCCAGGUUUAAGCCUCGUCUUCUUUCUGCUUCUUAUGAUUGAAAGUUGCGAGUUUCGUGGAGCAUGAGAUGAUGAAGCGAACUGUACAACACGUCACAGAACUGUAGUUUGUUUUCUUGAGAUCCAGUGUAAUUGUUUCGGCUAACCUCACGGAAUUUGUUUUUGAGAGUUUACCCAUAUAGAGAUAAAGUGCAAAGUUUAAUUUAUUAGAGAGAAGUGUAGUUGUAUGAUAAUAAGAUGUUCUGUUAUUCAAUCCGAGUGCAUUUGCUCUCUGCCGUCGCAGAGUUUGUCAUUCGAGACUGACUGUAUAAGAAGAUUCUACAUUCAAUCCUGUUUUCUUCUCCCAACAGUCAUUAGCAUUUAGCAGGGACGAAGCUCUGCUGAAAUUGGACCUUUCUCAGUCGUGGGACUUGGCUUAGUGGGCUCGGAUUUCAGAUUACGUGGGCCUUCUGCUUCAAGAAAGGAAUCAAAGUAAUAGCCGAUGAUACAGGGCAAUCCUAAUUCAGUUAUUUGCUUUUUAGGGGUUGUUUGCAAUUUGCAUGAGUCAUUUUGUAAAUGAUUCAUUUGUUCAAAUAUAGACGUGUGAAAUGU